ACACAAAAUAGUAAACCAAUGGGAAAUUGUUGCGGUUCAGAAAGCCAUGAAGUCGAAGGACAUCAAUUAACACCUACAAAGAAAAGCAAUUCAGGUGGUCAGGCUUUGGGAGGAGCUUCUGCUGGCGGAGGACAUUCCAGAGAGGCCAUGCUCAGCGCUGCAGAACAAAGAAGAUUACAGGCUGAAAACCGUGGAGUGAAAGAGGGAGGAAAACUGAGUAAACAAUUAGCGGAACAAAAACGGCAAAAUCAACAGAUAUCGCCAAAGAACGAGUUGGACGAUAAACUAGUUGUAAGUUAUGUGUAUUGAUAAUAGUUUUAUGUGGCCUUGUAACUGAAUUAAUUAUAACAGUGGGAUUAAAUUGGAACAAUGGG